GUCUGGAUAUGGAGGCUUUGAAGUCAACUAGGAUUCCUCUGACUAGUGGAGCUCAGAUGGGAGAUCCUGCAUCAUCUCAGUAUGCUGGAUCUUCCCAGGCAAUUGGAGUAGCAAAAGCUUCUGAAGCUGGUUCAGCUGAAAAUGAGAUGUCUAAAUUUGCUGCACUUUCUCUUGAUACGGUACCAAAAUAACUAUGAUUCCUUCAUUGAUGUUUUACUUGUUUAUUAAAGAUCUCGGUUGGCAGGAGAUUUCCCUCCUUUUUACCAAACUUCUACCCCUUAUUUGGUGAUUUGAGCCUAUUUUGAGAUUUGGAACUUCAAUGCUCAAACCUUUGGACGAAUAAUGCUUCUUCUCAAGU